GCAGAAAGUUGGACACUGCACUCCAUCUCCAGGCAGAGAGAGGGUAAGCGGGGGAGACAAGUUUUGGCCGAGAAUCGUGAGGCUGUUUGACCGAGCUCUGAAAAACAGCCGGAAAUCUGGUUGUCUGAGAUACAUCAAAUGCUCCGGUUCAUCUGUUUCUGCGGGAUUGGUAAUCUGGUGGAAAGCAGCAGAAGCGUCGGAGGUAGGGGCUUGGAGGCGCAGGUGGGAGGUUUUCUGGCUGUGCCGUAGCAGCCGGCCUAGAAAGGGCCUGUAGAGAGAGCGAGCGAGAGAUGGCGACGACAUGAAAUUGCGCGUCACAGUCGAGUUUAUUCGUGUCCUGGUAACGAAGAUGCGGUGUCUUUUAUGGAUCGGGUUAGUUGAGUUCCAAACUACGUCGAAGAACAUGACGAUCGUUAUGAGGUUUUGGAGCGACUAGUGAGUGCAGUGACGUGGAUAGUGUUGGGGAAGCUUGUUUGGAACCCCGCAGAUCCGAAGUUUGGCCCUCGGGGCAAGACUAUCUGUGUCAUCUGUCUCUCUGAUUGUCGAGGCACGGACAAGUUUCCUCCUUCUGAAGGUGCCAUUUCUUCCAACGAGGAAGCACUCAGUGGCGGUUGGUGAUUCGCGUGCUGUUAUCGGAAGGUUGUGAAAUUCGUAUCCGUUCGUGGGAGCGCGACACUUUUGGGCUUUUUCUGUUGUGACAGGGGAGUCGAACGACGACAGAGCUUGAGCAGGAGACCAGGCUUUGUAGGUAGGUUUUGGUUGUGAGGUGAAGUGCAGGCGUGACUUAGUCUGGACACAGUUGGAAGUGGGCACCUUUGCGAGCAUCCUUCAUCCUUCUUGAAUUGGGUGGGACGGCAAGCUUUCACUUGCCCAGGAGACCUGAUAGAAUGGAGGUUUGGCUGCAGCUACUGUAGGUUUCAGUUUGAUCAGAUCUACCCUUCUGAGAGCUGGUCUGGCCUUCAAACAUCGAACAAGUUCUACGAGGGCUUUACGCCAGGACUAAACAAAACUUCAGCAGCAAAAUGACGUUUGAGAACGAGAGCUCAGUGUAUGUUGGAGGGCUGGCAUACACUAGCACAGAAGAAGAGCUGCAGGAUGCAUUUGAUGGUUAUGGGGAGAUACUGUCCAUAAAGGUUGUGUCUCGUUCCUCUCAUUAUCUCUCCAGUCUUUCUCUUCUUAUAACAUGUUGGCUGCAGCCCAUGAAGUCUGCUACUGGUGUCCAUUUUCAAGGCACUAAAUUUACAGAUUAUGGCCAAUCUUUAUAUGAUAUUCGGAGGGCUUCUCUUCAUGUAAGUGUUUUUGGAUACCUACGGCAAAGCACCGCGCCCGGCACUUGGAUUUAUUCUUCUGUAGCCAAACGUCUUCGUCACUCGUCGCAGGGCUUUGGUUCCCUGAAGCCCAUCUAAGUUUUCUCAGAAUCAAAGUGGGCCACUGCAAAUUCGUCCAAGAAGCUGACGCUUGAAUUAUUCAUUUUUUUUGCCUCGCUCUCUGAGCUUACAAGGUAACUGUUUUCAUCAAUUUCCGUGGAGCAAGUUUAAUGUUCAAGUGGCAUUCAAUGUGACGGAAAUCCGUCACUGAAAUUCGUCUUCUCUCGUAGCAGUUUCGUCUCGCCUUUGAGAUCAUCAGACGGCUUUUAUGUUCCUCACAUGGAAAAGUUCAGAUGGUUCACGAUACGAGACAAAGAGACAUCUUUCUCAGACAUUGGAGGUCUUGAAAUGUGUAGGGGUUGUCGUACUCUUGACAAGGAUUGGAAGAUGGAAAGGUUACACCUAAGAAAACCUUGCCAUCAGUUUUCCGUGCUUGCAUUAUCCAUCGUGUUGAUGUCAAAAUAGCACACCGGUAGAUUUCCUUCUAUACGCAGGAAGAGCGCUGAAUGAACAAAGAAGAAUAAUGCUAUGCGGGUGUCAGUGUUCCUUACCAGCAUGCUCAGAGUCUUUUCUAUGUUGCAGCUCCUAUCGUUGGCAGUGGAGUUCUAUUUUUUACACUGCCUGAGGCUGCUUAACAAGUUGUCCCUGAGUUUUUUUAAACUUCUGCUACUCUUAUCCAUCAUCUGAUGGCGGCGACAAGUUCUGCAUCUCCAUGAAGCUGGCCACAUCUCGAGGAGAUUCCCUUGCUAUGAGUCAUGAGGUUCUUACACCUAAUGAGACUAAAUUGCUGGUGAUCAUCCAGCAAUUUCUCUCCAGGCGUGCAGCACAUUGUAAUCUCUUCCUUUUUACAUGAAAGGAUGCCAAGUCAGCCUUGUUAUUAGGGGUCUCAAUUGACUCAGUCAGGACGCCUCAUACCGAGAGAUGAUUUUUAUUCAUCUAUUUGCUUUAAGGCAUCAAGACUUUCAUCUUUCUAAUUGGAGGCCUUCAAGAUUCCGAGCUGCAAAAAAUGUUCUUGCCAACUGUCUUUCAAUUCGUUUGAGAUGAAUCUCAAAUGAGUUGUGAUUGUCUAUGAUCGGGAAACUGGACAGUCAAGGGGGUUUGGAUUCGUGACUUUCUCAAAUCCCCGCUCUGCUUCUAAAGCCAUCAGUGAGUUGGAUGGUGGGAUAAUUGGUGGAAGAACCGUUCGUGUAAAUGAAGUAAGGAAACACGCAGGAAUGAACGGAAAAAUGCCAGUUCCUUUUCGCGAUCGGGAUUUUGACAUAAGGGACAAAGACAGGGAGAGGGAACGACAUCGUGACAGAGGAGAACGCACUGGACGUGGUCGACUUUCACCUCCACGUAACCGAAGAACAUCUCCUGGUAUCGGUCGCUCCAAUCGGGGUCGCUCUCCUUUAAAUGCCUCCAUUGGACGGAACAGAGGUCGAUCACCAGAUAUGUCUUCCAGUCAAGGGCGCUCAGCUCGGGCUCGUUCGCCCGUUCCUCGACGAAGCUGCACUCCCUUGAAAGAACGGAGUCCUUCGCUUGAUUCAUCAUCAGCUGGGAGACACCGUGCACGCACUUCUGCAACAUCACAAUCUCCUAAUAGUUCCGAGCAAUUGCGUCAGUUGCAGGAAACUCCGGUUCGGGUCCCACCUCCACCACCUCCAAGGGUAGUGAAGCUUGAGAAGCGUAAGGCUCUAAGUGGCCAUCCAGAAUCUCUGAAGGUUCGGGAAGAACUUGACAAAGCUCAUCAGAGUCGACAAGAACUUGAAGAAAAGGUGGCACAGCUUACGGGUGCAGUGGAGCGUGCUGAGGAGACAGUUGCCGCUCUACAUAACAGAUCAAAGAAAUUAGAGGAGGCCUUGGAGAAUUCUAUAACAGCCGCAACCAAUAGGCAACUUUUAUUGAGAAAGAUGCAAAGAGGAAUAUUACAAGUGAAGGAUAGCUCAGAGCGGUUGAGCCGACACGAGAAAGAGCUGAAGAUGCUCAUGAAUACAAUAGCGUCUGAUAUCGAGGUGCUGGAAGAAGGGGACGUUAUGGUCAAUGGGGGGCAUUUUGACGGUGAGGGAAAAGUGGAUGACGACAUGAUGCUGCUACUCAGUGACAAGGCCAUUGGCAUGCACUAAAUACUACUGUCAUACAUCUUUACUUUAUUUGCUUUUUGCUAUUCCGUUGAAUCAUAGUUUAAAACUCAUGUUGAUGAUCGUGAAUAUUGACGUUCUUCUUGAGCGUUUGAGUUACCCUUGUAUGCAUAUGUAGGAGUAGGAGUUCAAUUCUGAUGAUUGAUUUGCAGAUGUAAGGAGAGGAAGAAGUUUUGUCUAGCCAGCCAACAACCAGCAGCUGCUAUUUCUUGUACAUACUUUCAUCCUUACGUAGUCUACAUCUUUAUAUUUCAAGUUGUCCAGAGUUUCAAAAGUAAGAACGUUCCCGAGUUUGUACCCACCCCAAGCAGAAUGAUUUUACCGAAUUUUGAGG